AUGGUGUCUUUCUUUGAACAACGUGGAAACUCCCCCGCCUGUUUACAGAACGAUCUCCAGGCCAUCCGACGGUUAGACCAGGCUGGUGUACUAAACAAUCACAACCCCUCUAAUCAAAGAUCAGAAAGGAUUCCUUUGGUUCUUACUUACCAUCCUUUAACAAAAAGAAUCAAGAGAAUCCUACUUCGUAAUUUCAACAUCUUGUCGAGUGACCCUGAAACCAGAGCAGUCUUUCCGCAACCACCGCUGGUCGCCCAUCGCCGUUACAGCAACCUCCGUGAUAUCCUCGUGCACUCGGAUAGCAACCAAUCCAGUUUUCAGGCGGGUACAUCUCCGUGCUUACACGCUCGCUGCCGCACUUGCCAUUACAUUUCUAGCGACACUAGUAUCCGUGGCCCUCAAAACUCUUUUGUUAUCAAGAAGCUGAAAAAGGCGUUCUCUUGCCAAACGUCUGGCUUGGUCUACUGCAUCUCCUGUCACCGUUGCCCUGCCCUCUAUAUCGGCGAAACAGGGCGCACUUUAAGACAACGUUUUGGCGAACACCUUCAGAGCAUUGAAAAGAACUUGCCGGGGUUUCCUGUGGCUGAACAUUUUAACACGGCUGGUCACUCAAUCGAUGACGCUUUGGUUCGAGGAAUGAUGCUCUCUGUAGAUAACGUGCAACGGAAGCGCCUGGAAAUGCGACUGAUAUUUCAACUUGGCACCAGUCAGCCGCGCGGUUUAAACUCCGACUUCCGUUUCCUCUAG